GGCGAGCGUAGUCGGUCUGCCUUGGCUUGGCCUGCCUUGCCUGGCAGAUAGUCCAAUCAGCAACUCGCAGUCGCAGUCGCAGUCACAGGCGUGGGCGUGGGCGUGGGCGUGGUUGCUUCUCCCCCAGGCAGGCUGGCCUUGCUGUUGGGCCUCGCUGUUGGCUCUUGUCCCAGCAGCUUCCCAGACGGCCUCGAUAGCACGCACCCUCUGAUGUACCCAUCUCCCACCAACACCCGGAUCUUGAAAUGGCAGACACCGUCAUCGUCGGCGCUGGCAUAAUUGGCGUGUCUACCGCACUCUACCUCUCCAAGCACCAACCGGGCGGGACCAUCCACCUCGUCGACUCCUCCCCAGAGCUUUUUGCCUCGGCCUCUGGCUACGCCGGUGGUUUCCUGGCCAGGGACUGGUUUGGGCCUGGCGUCGCCUCCCUGGCCGCCCAGAGCUUCGACGAGCACAAGAGACUGGCGGACCUUCACGACGGCGCCUCCAAGUGGGGCUACUCCAGGAGCACCUCCCUCAGCUACACUGCGGCUUCCCAGACUACCGGCAGGAGGAGCCAGAGGGGCGAGGACUGGCUACGUUAUGGGAGAAGUAGGCCUGAUGCCGCUGCCGGCUCUGCCCCUGACUGCCCCGACGGCCACGACGGCCACGACGCCCAGAUGCUGCCGCCCUGGCUGUUGCGAGAGGACGGCGACACAGUAAAGCCAAUAGGCGAUGACAGGACUACCGCCCAGGUCGACCCGCUCCAGCUGUGCCGCUUCUUGCUCAAACAGUGCCUCGACAGCGGCGUACACCUCUCCCAGCCUGCCAGGGCCGUGGCCAUCAUGAAAGACGUCCGGGGCCAACUGUCUGGCCUGAGGGUUGCCGACACCCAGUCGUCAACCGAAACCGAUGUGCCUUGUGCUAGGCUGGUCAUCGCGGCUGGUGCGUGGUCGCCACAGGUAUUUCAAGAGCUCUUCCCAAAAACACAGAGCCAGUUGCCCAUAUCGAGCCUGGCGGGCCAUUCGCUGGUCCUCAAAUCACCCCGAUGGACAGCAGAAAUGGAAAGGCGGGGAUGCCACGCUCUGUAUGCCACAAGCAAGACCGGGUUCUCGCCCGAGAUAUUCUCACGCAUCGGGGGGCAGCUCUAUGUGGCCGGGCUGAACACAGACGAGAUACCCUUGCCAGAACUGGCGACGGAGAAGCCCAUCUCUGUGGACGCUAUCGACCAGCUCAAGAGGGUGGCUGCCAGGCUCCUCGGCGAGGGCGGCGCGGUCGACGACCUUGAGGUCGUGAGGGAGGGCCUGUGUUUCCGGCCGGUUACGCCCUACGGCACCCCUAUAAUCUCAAGAAUCGACGACGUGCACCUAGAGGAAGGCAUCGCCACGCGUCCUGGUGCAGAAGGCGGCGUGUUCCUAGCUGCAGGCCACGGACCGUGGGGUAUUUCCCUCUCUCUUGGGACGGGAAAGGUGCUCGCGGAGAUGGCACAAGGGCGCCGCAUUAGCGCUGAUGUGAGUUCGCUGAUGUUGUGGUGACACGGCAUGUUUCCUCGAGCGACUGCCGUGGUUCUCAUCAAGACAGAUUGCUCCCGCCUUACGAAGCCCAUUGGGUGCCCGGCCGACCUGGCUGGACGGUAAUAGCAGCAUUUUAAUGGUCCCUGGACAGGAUUCGGGCAUUUUCAUACGGAUGGAUUCAGAACUGGCUGUGGUAGAUUGAGGAGUCAGCCCCCUUUACGCAAUGCCUCCACGUUGGGGCUAAAUACAGCACGAUGGGCUUGUUGCCCGCCCGCCACCUUGCAGGUGCGUGCAGCUUGAGAGCAAUGAUGAUCUCGUGCUUAUUAGUGAUUGCGUACUGCUUGGUAGUAAUGGCAAGUAAUCUGAGGCGAGGCGAGGUCGGGGUAAAGGAGGUGAGGUCUUGGACGGGAAGGGGGGUCGUCGUCGCGGAUGAUCCCGAAGCGGCAGGCCUGUGCCAAACACAUAUCUUGUCAGUCAGGCUGCCUAUCAGGUAAGCCGAACGGAAUCAUGUGAAGGCCCCGGAGGUCCCUGUUACUGGAGGACCCAGAACGGCGGCAGUGAUCCAGCCUGUCGGUGCAGGCCUACCCACUCAGGUGCGAGAUCAAUUGUGACUGUGACGGACCUGGCAGCCUCUGGGCUACGGAGUCAGGGAGCGCGCCGUACGUGCACUACUCCCAUCGUCCGACAUGCGGCAGUAGUCACACCAUGGUCGGCCCGGGGCUUGCUGUGUACUAUUACAGACACCCAGAAAGAAAGCUGGCAGGCUGGACAGGCCCAGC